ACAUUGUGUUGGUUCACAAGAGCGAAUAACAAACAUGGAAAACAUGUCUGUAGUUUUGGACGGGAUGAGCGACUCGACUACCGUGUUCGAAGAGGAGCUGACCACCGUGGUUCUGACGAAUUCAACGGGGUACACCAACCAGACGACGGCCGCUACUCCUGCCGGGGUGUCAUUUGAUCUGUCCGGUAGCGAACUGGCGAGUGUGAUCAUCUACUGGGGUAUUGGUAUCCUAGGUUUGAUCGGCAACACUCUAGUGUGUGUGAUCUUCGGACUCUUAAAACAAAGAAGGAGUCAGGUUAACUUAUACAUUCUCAACCAAGCAUUUGCAGAUCUCGCUACGAGUUUUCUCCUGAUUGCAUUCGGCACCACUAGGGUUUACAAAGCAAGGAUUGCAACUGAUGGAGGUUUCGGGGAGUUCCUGUGCCGCUUUUGGUGGUCUCGGUUCUUCCUCUUCUCCUGCUUUGCCAUCUCGGCUCACAACCUCACCCUGAUGUCUGUGGAGAGGUACGUUGCUGUAGUCCACCCGUUGCAAUACGGGAAACUCUUCACCCGCCGUAACACUAAGAUCAGCAUUCUUAUGGUGUGGCUAAUCGCGCCGAUCAUGCAGUAUAUUUUCGUCAUAUUCCAAUAUACUGUCUCCGAAGGACGCUGUGCCACCCAGCCGUCAUGGUCCCCGACUGCCGGUACGGCAGCUGGGGUUACCCUCUUCGUAUGGGAGUACUUCAUGCCGUGUUCGAUCAUGUCCUACGCCUACACGACCAUCGUCCGGACCCUCCAGAAGAAGGAACGAGCACUAGCGGUGUCACACCGACAAAACAGCGAAGCGGCGUCAACGCGUGGGCCGUCCAAAGGCCCGCAAGCACGGCGUCGCAACGUGACUGUUACCCUCUUCACUGUCUUCAUCGUGUACGUGCUAUGUUGGACACCGAACCAGUUUACCUUUCUACAGUUCAACCUCGGCGGUACUUUGAACUUCGACGGCCCGUGGUAUCUAAUAACAGUUAUUGCUGCUUUCUUAAACUCUUGCUCCAACCCGUUCGUGUACGCAUUGAUGCACAAGCAAUUCCAAGCUGGACUGAAGCUUCUUGCUCGAUGUCGGAAAAGUAACGCAGUUGCCGAUUCGACGCAUGAUCGCAGUAUAAAUGGAACUGUAUUGGACUAAGGUAAAAACACACGAAUAGGUCUAUUGACCGUUUCUCUUUGCAUUAUGUUGAGACACAAACUGUCAACAAACAACGUGUCUGCAAUGUGCUCAUAAUACCCACCAACAUGAUUGACUCACCUAUAGAAAAAGUAAUGCAGUUGCCGAUUCGACGGAUGACCGCAUCAAUUGAACAAUAUUGGACUAGCUAGAAACAAACGAAUAUAAAUAAUAUGUCUAUUGAACGUUUUCUGUGCAGGAUGUCAUACGCAUGCAACAAAUUGUCACCAAACAUCUUGUAUGCAACGUGCAAAUAAUCUUCACAGACAAAACUAUCUGGCUCCAUGUCAAAUUUAAAAGUGAAUCCCCCUUCGUUGACAUUUAGCAUCAUGUCCCGGAAACAAUUAAUGAGUUUUAUAAAUUCAAGUUAACAUUAUGAAAUUGUGCCUCCUGUUUCUUUGUAAAAAUCAAAGCAAAUGGCCAGUACUGAAGCGCGCGCGGAAUGAAGAGCUAUUGUUUAUUAUCAUCAGUUGGCGUAAAUUAAUUAUCAAAACACUGCACACACGACUCGCAAUUUAUGUAAUCCUAUGGCGUUACCAGUUUUGUUUGUUUGGUUGUUGGAGUGUUGAUUGGUCUGUUUUGUUUGUUUGUUGUUGUUAUUUUUUACAUAUUUUUCCCAUGCGUUGUGAAAAGCACGUUAAAUAUCCCACUAACACUCAUCGCUAAGACAAGGGGUUCGCUCCGGACUGUUCAUGACUGUUGCUGCUGAAUGCGCCGUAGCACCUUAUAAACCCACCUUGCACCUU